AUGAGUACCAGCCUCGACUGGGCCACGUCCCCAUCAUCCUUCUCCACGUCGCGUGCGCCUCGCAACGGGCAAAAAGUGACUGCGCCCUUCACCCCGUCUGGCGCAGACUACACUCCGAGCAAGCGGCAGGCGUCGCUCCCAGCCUCGUUUCAGGCCGCGUCAACUGGAGUCGUUGAGACAUCACGUCAUUUCAGUGGGGGCGGCAUGGAGGGCUGGGCGAGCUUGUCCUACAUCAUCCUGCACUCACAAACGGACCCGACGCGCACCAACUUUGCCGGGUUCAUGAACUUUUCCGGCUCAGUGCUUGGGAAGCCGGGCGGGUUCGCCGCGCACGACGAGGGCACGUGCCAGCCUGAUGGGACGAUCGACGCGCGCUGGCGUAUCGUCGACGGGUCGGGGACAGGAGAACUGGCCGGGAUCGCGGGCGCCGGCGCGUACAAAGUCCUCAAGGCCAACCAGCCUGGCGAGGAGAGUGUAUCGCACGCUGAGAUGAUUAUCGACCUCCCCAGCGUCUAG